CCCCGCUGGAGCAGCUGUGGCAGCACGUCAAGGAGCUGCCAGACAGCAACCAUGUCAUGCCCAUUGUGAGGGCGUGGGAGAGCAACGGAAACACCGUAGACAUGCGUCUGGCUACGCAGCUCAUUAAGAGGCUCAAGAACCACCGCCGCCCCAAGCAGGCUGCAGAGGUAGCAGAGUGGUUUGUGCAGCAGCCGGGCUUCCCCCGUCUAGAGGCGGACUACCAGCUGGCACUCUCUGCUGUCAUCCGCGCCCGCAACGUGGCGGCCGCCCAGGCACUCUUCCUCUCCUUCCCACAACCAUUCCGGACCGAAAAGGUGUACCAGCCAGUGUUUGGCCACGUGGCAAGGCGGGGGAGAUUCAUGUCAAUCGAGACACAGGUGGACUGGCUGCGGCAGCAGGGCGUGGCGGAGGGCAUCCCAUCGUUCAAUGCGCGGCUGCAGGCACUGCUGGCAGGCAGGAGGCGAUCAGGCAUGGUGGCGGGCAUUGCUGCUAUCAUGGAUGAAAUGAGGAGCAAG